CUGGAGUGCCUUAUAAAAACCUCCCUGCUCAGUAGUCCUCAGCAGUGCAGGCUCCUUGCUACAUUUCCACUCUCCUGAACAUUGAAGGGGUGAGAAGAUGACUAAGCUGGAGGACCACCUGGAGGGGAUCGUCGAUGUCUUCCACCGGUACUCAGCCCGGGUGGGGCAUCCCGACACCCUUUCAAAGGGUGAGAUGAAGCAGCUGAUCGUGAAGGAACUUCCAAACACCCUCAAGAACACCAAAGAUCAAGCUACGGUUGACAAAUUAUUUCAAGAUCUGGAUGCUGAUAAAGACGGACAGGUCAACUUCAAUGAAUUCAUAUCCCUGGUUUCUGUUGUGCUAGACACUUCUCAUAGGAAUACCCACAAAGAGUAGGAAGCUCUGAGCAAAGUCCCCAAGAAGACCAAUCCUUGUAAUCACUGAAGAAAAUGACAAUAAUAAAUGUAUUCUCAAAAAGU